AGGGAAGGCAGCAAGGCACACAAGACGAGAGCAUAAAAAUGACUAACUGCAAAAAGAGGCUGGGGUAUGAGUGCUUUUGAAGAUGAGUUGAAAAGCACACAAGAGAAAAAAAGAAGUGUAGGAAAAGGAGAGAGAGAGGGAGAGAGGAUGACGCUCUAGUGGAAGGUGGCUACAGUAGGCAGUGGGCGUGUUCUUCUUGUUGUGAUCUAUAGUUGGGAAGCCCAGUGUCAUCUGCUUAAGCACAGUGUGAGCGUGCAGACCUAUCUGUCUAAGCGGGACGGAGGGAGCAGGCAGGGAAUGCCUUACCUGGAAAUGCACAUCACUUUGCUCUACCUCGGUCUCAACCUUGAGGGCACUGUGGAUAAGGAUUCCUUUUACCCGGGCAGCACUUUGACAUGUUAAAGCAGAAGGAAAGACAUUCUGGAAAUUAGAAAGACUUUGAGUGCCUGGUCUGUAACUGCAAGUGGGAGCUUCAUGUCAGAGCGUGUGAGUGUGUUAGUGUGCAUUUGCGUGAUGUAUGCGGGUGCGGUCAGCUGCUAUGCUGCAUCUUCCUUCCAUCUUUAGCAUGUGCAGAUGUUUGAAGAAGUGAAGCUGACAUCUGGCUUGAACUGUGGAAACAUCUGGAUUGGAGCGGAGGCGUCUCCCUUUUUUGCCCAGGGAGGGGAGCACUGGCCCGGGUACCCAAUGGCCCGGCUCCCUUCUGGCACCAGCCUUAUCCUGGGUCACAGGCAGUCUUUCUAGCUGGCCAAUCAGUUGGACCAUACAAUGGAUGGAAGUCUAUGUGGCUUUAAGUGGAAUAGUGCACUGGUGCUCCAGCAUAGCUCAGAGUUCAUUAGUGUACAGUGGACUUGUCAGGGGAAGACAGACCUCGCAUUGGUCCACAAACCAGUAAGGACACAACCCUAUUAAUGCAGUGGAAAUACUUGAAGAAUGAUGAGCUCCAAAGAGGAGGAAACUCUCAGCUUUUUCCAAUAUGUUGAGGAGAAUGGCCUGAGAGUCUACAACGGCCUGGUAGCUCAGAACUUGGACCACGCCAGGAAUGAGAGAAACAAGAUAUUCCUGAAGGAAAAAAACGAGAAGAAGAGAAAACAGGAGGAAGCCAUAAGGAGAUCGGGUGAGGAGAUAGCAACUGAGGGCAAGCACUUGCGUAUGGGCUUAAAUACCAUGCCAGACCCCCAGGAACGCAUGCCCGUGCCCCACCUGCACCCUAUCGCCUGUGGGCAGGGCUUCUCAGUACGCUCCCAGUCCCUUCACUCGGUCGGUGGUGGGAACACUGGGGGUGGAGGAGAGGAGGAAGUGGGAAGUCCAACUUCUAGGAAGCAGCCCCCGCCUAAGCCAAGGAGAGACCCAGCCACCAAGCUGAGCAUGUCGUCUGAGGCGGUGGACCACAGUCCCAUGUCCACCUGCCGCGGGGAGAGAUGUGACGUUCAGGGAUGCAGUGAGGACUGCAGGAGGGUGCCACCACCCAAACCCAAGAGGAACCCCAACACACAACUGAGUGUUUCCUUCGAUGAGUCCUACAUUAAGAGCCAUGGAGGCAGUGGGGUUUGCCCCUCCAAACCCCUCCACCAUGUCACUUCCCCUAACGAAUGCAACCCAUCACCUCCUCAAAGUGAUGAAAGCCCUACUGAUGACUGUGAAGACGAACCUGUCUAUAUAGAGAUGGGUGGGAUUGAUGUUGGAACGCGAGAACCCUUGAAGAGUGAGGAUGAGGAGCCAGAUGAGUCUGUGUAUGAGGAGAUGAAGUACCCAGCUCUGGAUGACAUGGAGUACCGCACCGACCCUGUAGGAUGUCGUUCUGCGUGCCCUACCCCGGCACCCUAUGAACCUGAGCCUCUCAGCCGCUGCUCCACACCUCGAAACAUUCCACUGUGUGACAUUCCUGCACCCUUCCCCAAUUUACUCACUCAUCGACCUCCACUGUUGGUGUUCCCACCAGCGCCUGCCCAGUGCUCGCCUAACUCAGAUGAGUCUCCCCUCACCCCUUUAGAUGUAGCCAAAUUGCCCAUGCUGGAGAACCAGUCGUACAGCAAAUCUCCCACCUCUUCCACCGAGCCACCCUCCUCCGCACACAUCCGUAGGGAGCUCACAGCCACCCCAACUCUCACUGUCUCUGGACGCUCCUCUGCGCCUCCUCUGCCCUGUACCCUUUAUAAAUCCUCAUCAUCAUCUUCCUAUCAGCGUAGCCACUCUGCUUGUCCGUCGCCAGUCAGCAUGGGUCGCUGUCUCACCCCUCUCAGCCUCAUGCGUACACCUCCCUUUGAUGCUCCGAUGCCAUUCCCUGGGGGUCUGCCCCGAAGUGCUUCUGCUACACCGCAUGGAAAAGGCUCGCCACCUCAAGAUGGUGUCGGACGACUUCACGGGUCUAUGCAAAAUGUAUCAACAGGCCGCUCAAGGACACCCACCAGCCCGCUGGAUGAACUAACCAACCUGUUUACGACAGGCAGGAAUAUGCUAAAGAAAAAUUCCAGUGGAAGAAAAUCCAAGGAACCUGGAGAAACUGAGUCCAAAAGUAAGUCUCACAGUGAGUCAAAGCGAGAAGGCAAGGAACGUCACAGUCACAGCAAGGAGUCCAAGCGUGAAUCCAAGGAGCGUCACAGUAAAGAGUCUUCACAUAGAAAAGACAGAGACAAAGACAGAGAAAAAGACAAAGAGAGAGGAAGCAGCAAUGCAGAACCUCUGCCCCACAGACGAAAUAGUAAAGACCGUACUUGUAGCAAUGUAGAUGCACAGCUUGUUCGCAGGGAUAGCAGGGACCAGGCCUGCAGCAAUGCAGAGCCCAUCCCUGUGAGGCGGGACUCCAAAGAUAGGGGCAGCAGCUCCAUAGAAACAAUCCCUUUGAUAAGAAGAGACUCCAAGGACAGAGGGAUUAGCAAUGGUGACCUAUUACCAAGGAGAGACAGUAAAGAUCGAAGUGGGGGACAUGGAACGGAGUCUUUGCUGAGACAGGAGAGCAAAGACAGAGACAGACUGCUUGAUCAGCCACCUGAGCUGUUACCAAGGCAAGACAGCAAGGAAAGGGCAAGAAAUCCUGUAGACUACAGACAUGAAAGCAGAGAGAGACUGGAUCAGCCACCUGAACUCUUACCCCGACAGGAUAGCAAAGAGCGAGCCAGAAAUGGUGUGGACUCAAAGCACGAAAGCAGAGAUAGGCCCCCUGAGCUUCUUUCCCGACAAGAGAGCAAAGACAGGGUUAGAACCGGACCAGAAUACAGGCAUGACAGCAAAGACCAUCGUCCCGAUUUGUUACCCCAACAGGAGAGCAAAGAGAGAGAAAGGAAUGACAUGGAGCACAAAUAUGAAGGUAGAAUAGAUCAGCCACCAGAGAUCCUUCCCCGGCAAGAAGCACCCAGAAGCAGCAACAGCAGGGACAGAGUUGGUUCCAACUCCGAAUCCAGGUAUGAGGGGAGAGAUCGAAGCUGCCACAAUAGUGGAGAUCUUCCUCCUCCUCCUUUACCCAGGCAGGACAGCAAAGAUCUGAGCAGAACUGGCCUUGAAGUGAGGCGGGACAGCAAAGACAGAAGUUUGAAUGGCUCAGAGCAUCAUCAUUUUGACAUCAAGAGCACCAAGAGCCCUUCAUCAAUGGAAUACAGGUGUGAUAAUAAGGAGCGAGGAUACAGAUCAGAUGGCACCCCCCGACGAGAUAACAGAGCAAAUUACAACACAGACCAGUCAAAAGCACAAGAGAGGAAUGGCAGCACAAUAUCAGGACAGCAUUCAUCAACAACAACACCCACUCACCACGGAAGGUCAUCAGGUAGUCCUCCGAUGACCAUGGGAACAGGAAAUGAUCUGAAAGCAGCAUCUAAGUAUGCCCGCUCACCGUCUAAACCUGCUAAUCCUUCCCCGGUGGGAACUCCACAAAGGAGGGCAACAGAGACACAUCAAAGUCAGAUGCCCCAGAUGCCAUGGAUAUGUGGAGACACCACUAUGCUAGAGCAAAUCGAGAGGAAACGCACCCUAUGCAUGGAAAUCCGUUCCAGACAGCAUCCGCACUUGCAGAGAUCUCUGGAGAGGCCUCCUCCUCCUCUGCCAGACAGGAAUGAGGACAGGCACCAGGAACGAAGUCAGUGCAAGCAGGAAAAUACAUCUGUCCUCCCUAGCUGGGGAAAAAACGGCGGGACCAAGAAGAUCCGUCCUCCUCCAUACCCCACCCAGACAACGGUAUUCUGGGAUACCGCCAUCUGACAUUUACAAGGCAUUUCAAACACAUAACCCACAGUUAACCACUCCCUCUCCUCCCUUAAACAUCACAGGCUUCAGGGCGGCCGCUGAGAGGACAAGAGGGAUGAUGCUCACUGAUGUCAAAGGACAAUGGUGGUUACCACAGCAAUAUUUCUGCUUGUUCAGGUUGUCAUGUUUCUUAUCAUCACUGGUGAUAUUUGAUAUUUUUCUAUUUCCUGUGACUGGACUCCUGUAAUGUAAUUAGUAGAGUAGAUAUUUGAUGAUGAAUAGAUAUUUUCUAAAUGAGAUGAUGGGGAUCAAAAGGCAACUUAAAUUAUGUAUAGUAGAUGUAGAUGCAAUCUAAUAUUUGUUUUUAUGUUAUUUUUGUUCAGGUUAUUUUACAUUUCAAAACAUAAUCUAUCGAUACUUGUACUGUAGUUGCAUAAUUUUCUUAUGCCAAGCGCUUUUUUUUGUUUGUGCUUAAAAGCACUAAAAUGAAUGGACUAUUUAAUUCUGUCUAUAUAUACUUUACAUUUUCACUGUUGUAUUGUAAGUUGAGGAGUUUACGUCGCCGUGCUUUAGAUUCCAGGUCUCUCCAUGCCUGGUCCAGGAUGUUCUAGAAUGUACAACAGCUGGUCCUAGAACAGAAACAGGAAACUACUUGUGCUUCAGUUUGUAUUUAACAGUGAGAAACUGUGUGGUCACUACGUCAAAGCCUUUUAAAGCUGUUUCGCAGGAAAGCCUGUUGGCUGGCAUUUGUAGAGGACAGAGAUAGUGUGUAAUGUUUUUUGCGGUAUUCUAAAAUACACUAUGAGGGCGUGGUGGGGAGGUAGCAAAUUAGAACAUACAUUAUAAACAGGAUCAUUUUCCAAGACCAGCCAAAGCCUGUAAAAGCGAGAUAUGGGUGUGGCUGCACUUUGGAUGCUUGGUUAUUUAAAAUGGGAUUAGUGGCAAUAGCUGGCGAGUACCAGCAUCUUUACAUUGCCAUGCACACUGCAAAGCACCGUGACAGUGUAAAUACUUGAUGCCAACGACCAGCCCGUACAAUCAACACCUGAGCUUUUAGAAGAUUUCUUAAUUUCACUGCAGAUUAUAAUAGCCAUAUGCACUUGCUUAAGAAGUAACUUUCAAGUUUAUGCUUAUAUAUAUUUUUUGAAAUUGUUAGGAAUAGUGAGUUGUGCCAUGUAAGUUUUCAUUUAUUGGCUGAAAGGUAAAGCCUCAGGAGAAUGGCUGGGUGUGUGACAUACAGUCAUCUAUAUUUGGGUGUCUCUGACAAUGUUUCCAAUCCAAUUCAAUGGCUGGCAACCAUUUUAGAGAUCAAAUUAUUGAAGGACCUAUCACAUGACAACAGCUCUAAGCUGUCAAAAAUGACGGGGAGGGGUUGCACAAGGGCCUGCAAUUCUGUGAGGCUACGAAAAAAUAAGUAAACUGCACUAACUCUCUCAUCUUCCUUCACAUUAAAUCAGGCUGGUUACAUACACAUUCAUCUCCCCCUGCUCUCUCCCUCUACCUCAACCUCUUAUUUGCAUGAAUUCAGUUGGUUCUCUUUUGCACAUUAAAAGGCAAUGUCACCAUUGCCAAAAUAGUAUGGGUUUAACAACAGCCCCUAAAGUGCAAGUGCAGUACCCCCUCUCUAUGAGAAUCAACGAUUCAGAAACCUUCAUUGGUACCAGUAUGCGUGUGAGGGAGAGAGCUGUGGGCGUGUGUGCGCGUGUGUUUAUGAGUGUGUGUGCCAGGCUACACUGUAUGCAAGUUGCUAGUUUAAAAAAAAAUGAUUGUCUUAAGACAUUCACUUUGCCCUCAUGAUGUUGGUGGGUGAAGGUUGGAAAUGUAACAAUGAUGAUGAUGUACAAUCUUUUUGUGUGUAUAAACGUGCACUGUGAAAAGGUAGAGAGAGCACCGCACCGUCAGUCCUCUGUCUUAUUGCACUGAGUGUUCUCUUGUUUUGCGUAAUAAAAAAAAGAAAAGAAAAGGAAAAAACAUGUUUGAGGAAUAAAGUACUGUAUUCUGAUUGUCACUUGGGUUCUGUUGAGAGAAAUAAAUAAAUACAUAUGGACUUGAA